CUUCCCUGCUGUGGUGGACAUGAUGCGCGCAGGCAGAAUGGGGGAGGCGCUCCAGCUGCCCGCGGCGAUCAAGCGGGAAAAGUGGAGCAGCCACGCCCAAAGUUACAAGCUGGAUAGAGAGCAGACCUGCCGGCUGGGCUCCGCGCACUUCGAAACAAAGGGCGGGCGUUGGCAGACGAACGCGCCAAAGCCCUACGCGCAUGCCUAUCCCGCGCUUCGGCUCCGGCCCCCCCCCCUACACGCUCCAAGAAAAAGCAGAAGGGUUCGCGGCGUGCUACGAAGCCAGGGGGCGCGACAAUGAAGAGAAAAAGCCCGGCGGGCCGGAGGCCUAAUGCAGCCGGCAAACCCUCUCCGAUGAUCACGGAAUUCCCGGCAAGACAAUUCUGGCAAGGGGAACAAAGGCUGGAAGUAGUAC